AUGAACAGUGAUGUCAUUGUUUGGUAUGAUACAGCAACUUGUGUUUUUACAAGGCAGAUCCUAUUUCAUAUGUUAUCUGUCUCUGUUGACACACCACAAACCAAUGAUGGAAAGUUGCCAUUCCAUAAUAUUUUUUCAGUGUAAUAUCAUCCCGAUUGUGAACCAUUCUCAUGCUCUCUGUAUGUCGGACCAUCUUCGUAAUGUAGUCUAGAGUUUUCUGUAGACCUGAAAUUAUAGGAACUUUAGAAUUAGAUCAACUUUUAUUUCCAAAAGGAAUAUCAUUUGUAGUGUCAGUUGGUUGUUCUGUUUUGUUCUGGCCUGUAGGUGGAAAGUAAUACAACAUAUAGAAUGAUAAUAAUAAUAAUAAAUGCCAUUUAACUCUUUUAUCCAAAGCGACUUACAGUACAGUCAUGUGUGCAUACAUUUUAUGUAUUGGUGGCCCCAGCAGGAAUCAAACCUACAACCCUUGGCGUCGCAAGCGCCAUUCUCUACCGACUGAACCUCACAGGACCAGUAGAAAAGAUAGAUGUAGUAACUUUGUUAGUAACAUUAUGUUUUCUAUGUGUGUUGCAGCUUUGACGUGGAGAAUGGCCCGUCAGCCAGCUGCAGUCCGUUGGACCCUUCAGCGUCUCCCGGGUCAGGCCUGGUCCUACACACCAACUUCCCUGGACACAACCAGCGCAGAGAGUCCUUCCUCUACCGCUCGGACAGUGACUACGAACUCUCGCCCAAGUCCAUGUCCCGAAACUCCUCCAUCGCAUCCGAACUGUAA